UGCUGCCUCCGCCCGUGGGCUUCCACCCAGCGGCCUCGAGGCUCCUCUCUCCUGCUCGCCCGGCUCUGGGCAGCCUCGUUCCUCCCUCCCACCUUCCAGGCCCCGGGAUGGCGGCGGCGAUGCUCUCCAGCACAGGUUCGGCCCCCCCGGCCGGGUCCGGUGGUGGUGGUGGCGGCGACGGUGACGGCGGUGGCGGCUGUAGAGGGUCCCCGCCGGGGGACUGGGCCGUGGCCCGCUUGGAGGGCCGCGAGUUCGAGUACCUGAUGAAGAAGCGGUCGGUGACUAUCGGGCGGAAUUCGUCGCAGGGCUCCGUAGAUGUGAGCAUGGGCCACUCGAGCUUCAUUUCCCGGCGCCACCUUGAGAUCUUUACCCCCCCAGGCGGUAGCCCGACCCCCGUGGCCUCCAGUGCAGAGGCUCACCCAUCUCAGCCUCAGCCCCUGGUGCAGCAGCCGCCCCCGCCGCCCCCGCCUUCGCAGCGCAGCCCGGCUGAGGACCCCGGCACGGGCGGAGAUUUCUACCUGCGCUGCCUCGGCAAGAACGGCGUCUUCGUGGACGGCGUGUUCCAGAGGCGGGGGGCGCCCCCGCUGCAGCUUCCCCGAUUCUGUCCUCCUUUCUCCGCUGCACCCCUCCUGCCGUGGUUCUCGGGGAGCCCGGAGAGCGGGCAGCCCAGUCUUCGGUCUGGAGCUUAUCCUCCCCCCACCCUUCGAACAGUUGUAAGGACUCCGCAGCUGGACGUAAGGAGCUGCAGCCAUCUCCUGUGCUGCCUGGGAGGGCGCUUUCGGAGUGGUUUGCGUGUUGAUUGCUGCAUGCCUUACAGUCUUCCAGUGACUGGACUUUGCUGUAUAGGCUGCCUUUCCAACCUGCACGUCCAGUUCUCACGUUUCUGUUAUGUCAAGUUUAGUUCUCUGCUGUCAGUCUGUGGACUGGGAACAGCUGCUGCUACUACCGCAGCUGCCUGCAGUGGCUCCCAAGGCCUGCUUCUGGUUUGCUGGGGCCAGGGCCAUGCCGACACAGCCUGUGCUGAAUCGCUCUCCAUUCUCACCCAGGAAUCUAUUUUUCUCAUCUGUAGUGCUGCAAACUCCUGCCCAUCUAGUCCCCGGGGGGCAGGCUCUUCAGGGUACAAAAUGGGUCGUGUACUACCCACUGACCUACAUUUAAUGGCUGAUAAUUCACAGUCAGAAAAUGACAAGGAAGCUUCAGGUGGAGAUAGCCCAAAGGAUGAUUCGAAGCCUCCUUAUUCCUAUGCACAAUUAAUAGUACAAGCAAUUACAAUGGCUCCUGAUAAGCAGCUUACACUAAAUGGAAUUUAUACCCACAUAACUAAAAACUAUCCAUACUACAGGACAGCAGAUAAAGGCUGGCAGAAUUCAAUUCGCCACAAUCUCUCUCUGAAUCGUUAUUUCAUCAAAGUACCACGUUCCCAGGAAGAACCAGGCAAAGGCUCAUUCUGGAGGAUAGACCCUGCCUCUGAAAGCAAAUUAAUAGAGCAGGCUUUUAGGAAAAGAAGGCCUAGGGGAGUACCUUGCUUUAGAACCCCUCUGGGACCGCUCUCUUCUAGAAGUGCUCCAGCUUCUCCUAAUCAUUCUGGAGUGUUGUCUGCUCACUCCAGUGGAGUACAAACUCCUGAGAGUUUGUCAAGGGAAGGUUCUCCAGUACCUAUGGAUCCCGAGCCUAGUGCAAUACAGCCUAAACUAGCAGUAAUACAGGAAGCUCGGUUUGCCCAGAGUGCACCAGGUUCACCUUUGUCUAGCCAGCCAGUUUUAAUUACUGUACAACGGCAGCUACCACAAACUAUUAAACCAGUCACCUACACUGUUGCAACACCUGUGACCACCUCAACAUCCCAGCAACCUGUGGUGCAGACGGUUCAUGUUGUUCAUCAGAUACCAGCUGUAUCAGUCACAAAUGUGACUGGAUUAGCUCCAGCAAACACUUAUACUGUAGCUGGACAAGCAGUGGUCACACAAGCUGCAGUGGUUACCCAGUCCAAGAUAGAACCUCAAGAAAAUGGAGACCACAGAGAAGUAAAAGUUAAAGUAGAACCUAUUCCUGCUAUUAGCCACACUACAAUAGGAGCUGCUAGUCGGAUCAUUCAAACAUCGCAGACCACCCCCUUACAGACAGUUACCAUAGUGCAACAGGCACCUCUAGGUCAACACCAGCUACCAAUAAAAACUGUAACACAAAAUGGGACACAUGUAGUACCAGUCACCACUGCAAUCCAGGGACAGGUCAGCACUGCUGCUGCAAGUCCUUUACAUAUAUUGGCAACCCAUGCGUCAGCAUCAGCAUCACUGCCAACCAAACGUCAGAAUGGUGACCAGUCAGAGCAGCCAGAACUGAAACGUAUCAAAACAGAAGAUGGGGAAAGCAUAGUCAUCGCUGUGAAUGUGGACACACAAUCUUCAGCAGUGAGGGAAAAAAGCAUCCAAAACUAAAAACUUUGAUUUCUUUUCAUAUUUUAAAAAAAAGUUUUUUAAUCAACUCUGUGGUGCCAAAAGGAGACAUUUAACUUAAUACCUAAAAUGUUGGAACACGUUCUCACCCAGUGGGUUAUAUGGGCCCUGUGAUCAGACUGCAAUGUUCAGCACUGAAAAACAAAAAUGAAAACACAGGUGGCCUUAUAACUCAGUAAUUUAAAAACAAAAUUUGAACUAAAAAACACAAACAUCUUGUUCUAAAGGCUGUGACAUCCCCUCCCUACUGAACGAUCUUGUUGCUGCAGAGUUGGGGAGAGCUGCAGCUUUUAAACUUAAAUAAUAAAAAACAAAAACACUUGAUUAUUUUAAGGACUGAGUAUCUCAGUGUAACAACAGCAUGAUAAGCGCUUAGUGUAAACUGUUUCAAAUGAUUGUAUAUUCCUUAAAGGGAACAGAGGCACGGAGCCAUUUCCUCCAUCUUGGCAGCUAGCCUUUCAUAAUGAUCUAGCCAGUGCAGUUGUUGAUAGAUAUGCAGUAUUUUGUUGUUCACAUGUGGAAUUUUUGAAGUGUACUUUCAUUUCUUUGAAAAAUAAUGGGGUCUUUUGACAUUUCAAAUCACUCCAUUUAAACUAUGGAAACUUUGGAAUCACAAUACUUUUCAUGUGCAAUUUAGUUUGGUUAUAAACACAUGCAACACAAAAAAAAGAUUUUUUUUUUAAUUGAUGGAAUGAUUUCCUUCUAUCUGUCCUGUUAAUGUUCAGAUGAAGCUACUUUAUUACAUCUGCAAAUUUUUUUUUAUAUUUUAGCAGUUGCCUGAUAAAUUUAAUCCAAUUUUAUCAAAAUGUGUAGUGAUCAAAUGCUUCUUUGGGCUUGCAUGUAACAGAUUAGAAAUUCCAGUGUAAGUGAGCCAUUAACUGAUGUAAAGAACUGCUAUGAUUUUGACCAGAGCUGCACUUAACCAUUUUUCUUUUUUGCUACCUUUGGCUGUUUGUCACUUUGUGUUGACUUUGAUUGUCCCUGGCAUAUUUUUUCCAGUCUAAGUAAAACAAGUCUCACUUAGUAUCUGUGUAUGUUUAAAAUGACAGAACUAUUCUGCUUCAUUUAGAAAAAAAUAUACAAUCUUUUAUCACAGGUAUCUUAAAAGAAAAGAUCAUGUCAGAGAAAAAUAUUCAAUAUUUUUAAGCUUAAAUAUUCAGCAUUAGGAGGAAUUAAUCUGACCAGUAUGUCAACAAAACUGUUAAUAUUUUAAUUGUCCUUAAUUACCAAAUGUCCUAUGCCCUCCUAUUUGGUAUCUCCAUUAAAGUAGCUGCUAUGGUUUUUGAGCAGAUGCUACAUUAUAAUAAAAGGAUUCCUUUCACAUACAUAUAUAUAUAUAUAUACACACACAUAUAUAUAUACAUAUAUGUAUAAAUUUUAAAUGUGUUCUAUAGUUGAGCAUUUAAACUAUCUUGCUAAUUCUCUAAUUUGCAGCAGGAGAUUCCAAUCUAUCUGUACAUUUUGAAUUCAAAACUAAGGCUGAUUUUUCCUCCCUAAAAGAUUGGAUUAUUUGGAGAAAGAAAUAAAAGAUCAAAGAGUGAGAAAGAAGGAUGAAUUAUCAUACCUCAGCCCACAUGCCUUCCAAAAGGAAAAAGUUUGUGGAUCUCUUGGCAUUUGGUGCCUUAGAGUUGAUUACUGUGGGAGCAGAAGAGACUUUGGCCUUAAUUUUGAAUUUGUUGAAUUGUUUCUGUAAUCAUCAUAACAUCUAUUUAAAUGUAGUUACUUCAGUAUUUAAUUACCUUUUCUUAAAAGAGGAGGGAAAAAAACCCUGUAUUUUCCUGAUGGACUAAAACGGCUCAGAAUGGUAUAUUUAGGCAGUUUUGGAAACUCAUUAUUUACCUGAAGACCAAAUAUGAUAAAUCUGUACCAAGUGUCGUGUCAAUCCACAACAUGGGACUGUCACAAUGUUAUUGCAGACAUGCAUAUUAAAAAUUAUGAAAAAUUACUGCAUACUAGCUGAAUUUAUAACUCAGCCAUUUAAAAAACAGUAAUAAUAAAAAUGAAAUCCAGCAUAUGAAUGAGGCCUUUUUGUGUAACAAGCAGAAAAAUGCAAGUUAACCAAAAGCCAGAAAAGGUGUCUGGCUUAGAUUUGCCUCUUCAAAGCACUUUGUGGAAUACUAUGGUAUGUUGGUCCUUUUUUUAUUUAUUUUACCUUCUUUCACCCAAAAGGUUUACAGUUUGAAGAACAGUCAUCUGAAUGUAGACUUACCACGUUGGAGUAUCAUUCUGGGAAAAUAUCUGUAGCAUUGCACUUAAGCACUGGUGGAACCAUAUACCUAUUUAAUCAUACCAAAAAUGAAGGCAGAUGGAGCCAUCCUGUGAAACACCAGAAUUUGGAAUAUCUAGAUAGAGAACUCUGAAAGAUGAAUCAUAGUUGGGCAUUUUGGAAAGAUUUUAAUCACUUGAAAUUUUUAGUACUGGAAAUAUAUUUCUAGAGCAUACGUUGAGGUUUAUAGCUAUGCCAUCUUAUCAUCUACAUCCACAUCUUCCUAGUAGAGACCCAUUACUUGGGUUUAUAUAUCUUUGAAUUUUUCUGUCUCAGCCUCACAGCUAUGCCUGAGCCUAAUGUACAGACCUGCUUUGGGACUAGAAUGAUUCUUGUAGAGUAUUCCUUAAGGGAUUUUUUAGUUUCUAUACUUUAAACAGAUAAAAGGGGGGAAAAUGUAUUUUAAAAAAUGUUUCUAAAUCUGGGACCAAACAGCUCGUUUUUAAAAUGUGAGGAUUCCAAACCAGCCCUCUCCCCCAUCUUCUGUUUAAUGCUUCACUGAUUAGCUUUGUUCCGUAGGCCUUAUGGGCAUAGUAAGACAGAGUAGAAGAAAACCAUGGGCUAGCAAGCAGCUACUGUAUCCCAUUUUGGGUCCUGUUCACUGUGUUAGCUAUUAAAUUGAGUUGUACAAUAUUCAAAGGUUUAAUACCUGUUUCUUCUAGAUGAUUUCUACGCAGUAACCCUCAAAAUAGACUCUCAAAAUCUUUCAUCUCAUCUUCUAGUCCCACAGAAUGCAACUUCAUACUUCAGAGGAUGCCAUUACUUCACAGGUCUACCACUAAAGCAGAUUCCUAGUUUUACCAAAUGUGCAUUUAAUCAGUUUUCAAUUAGCCAAAUGUAACUAGCCUAUGCAUGUUGGAUCUCAGGAUUACUCUGUCCUGUUACCCAGCAAGUUUCUGAGCUACCUCAGUAUUUAUAAAUUUCAUUUUAAUAUAGUCCUGAGCCUGUAAUUUUGAAAGCAAAUGUGCUAACAAAUUUAACCCCAGGUUAAAUUUGGGUUACCUAUUGCUGCUUUCCAUAUUAACACGGUUAUUAUGAUUGUCAUAUGACAGAACAACAAUGUAUACUGGCUCGCUACUGGCUACUAAGGAGUCAGGAAUUGGAUCCCAGGGACAGCAGAUGGCACAUUUUGCCAUUGUAAUCUCACAUGGGUUGUUACUGCAGUUUUGGUGAACAGAGAGAAUAAAGGUAGUAACCCUGUUUAAGUGGGAGAGGGAAGAACACUCUUGAGUCGUGUACUCAUUUCUGAAUAUUUUAUGUGAGGUAGACGGGGCAGCAAAUUUAAAAAAAAAAUCUACUAGGAAGCUUUAGUAGAAUAUUGUACCCACUAGCAGCCAAUAAAUAGCCUUAGCCCAGAAGGUGGUUGGAAAAGAUGGUGAAGCACUCAAUCAAGAAACACUCAAGAAGCACUCAAUUUCUACUGAUUACCUCUAUGCAAGUCCACAUCCUUUUUUAACUGAUAACUGAGAUUGAAUCCUUGUAGGGCUACCAUGAUUUCAAUCAAUCAGACCUAACUACUAACUAGAUAGCUCAAAGUUAUGUAAAAGAUGACUAAUCUAAAAGAUACCUAAUUUGAGCAUAAUAGUACAUAAUUUAUGCAAGCCAACUUAUACUCAAAAAGACUUUUCUAUAUAUUUUCAAAAGUGAACUUUUGUAUUCCUAAAGUGGUUCAGAUCCAUAGUGCACAAUAAGCUAAGGCUGUGAUUGUUCAGCUGCCUUGUUAGGAUUGUAGAAAAGGACCAGGAUAGAGACUAAUGUUUGUCAAAGCAGUCAACUAAAUCUUUUAGAACAGAUGAAGCUAUUAAUUCAAUGAUAAAGGAUUCAAGGAUAAGAUUUUGUAUUGAAGCUUUUUAGUUUUUGCCCAAACAUCUAACCUUGUAGAUCUUGGCAUUUCAAGUUAUCAGAUCUUCUAAAUAUGUUUGUCUUCUAAGACUGUUUUGGUUUUUUUUGUUUUGUUUUUUUUUUGCUGGCAAAAGACAACAUGGGUUUUGGGCUCAACAGUCUGCCCUUGCUAAUAUGUCCGUGACUUAAUAAUACAGUCUAUGAUCUUAUGUAGUGACAAAGGGUUGUGCAACUUUUCAGGAAAGGUCAUUAAUGUGGUUACAUAUAUAAUACUUGAAGGAGCUAUGAUUUGUCAAAGUAGGUAUUUUUAUUGAUGCAUAUCACAACAACCCCCUUCAACGUAGGUUUUCAUGGGUUGCUGUGGCCAAAAAUAUUCAGACUGUAUUAUCUGAGGACUACUAUAUAUGUAAUAUUGCCUGGGAAAUUAUGUGUAAUAAUCCUAACAGCUUUAUUUGAAGGAAGAUGCCUACUCAUAGGGCCAACAGUGAUAGGGAGGUUGGAAGAGAGGGAGGGACUUGUAUGCCCUAGUUAUGAAGUAAUAUGAAUAGUAAUAGUGCCAAGCAUAGGGAUAUGAAAGGAACCCUUGUGAUAAUUCAAGGUUUAGAUAGUUUAUCACACUUUGUUUAUGUUUAUCAGCAUCGAUCUUAAAGGUUUCACUGUGCUGCUUAUUGUAUCCACUAACUAUUCUAAGCUAUCUCAAUGAUUACAAAUUUCAUUUAACAUUAGCCUAAGCUUAAUGUUAUUUUUAUCAUAUGAUCACUCCUGUCUAUGCCAAUGUUCAUGUUAAUAGCAAUAAAGUAUACCAUAACAUGGGUCACUGGUGAUCCCUAAUCAACCAUACUAAGUGGGAAAUAGCUUACCCAGCCUUCCUUUUGUUCUCAUGACCAAGUGAGGGGCAUAGCAUCUUCCUCUCUACCAAAUACCUUUGCUUUUUUCCAUAUAGCGGGAUAAGUUACCCAUGGAAAAACAAACACCAACAACAAAACUAUCCCUGUAAUUACUGCAAAAUGAUCUUGGCCUAGGACUCCAAGAGAACCAUAAAUACCACAAGGUUCAAAGGACUUAGAGCUAUUUAGCUCUAGGGAAGGGGAAAGAUCUGAGUUGUUCUUACUAACUAGAAUGGUACUGGAAAUAUCUCCUUUCCUUCAGGGAUGUUAUUUGUAUUCUUUUUAACUAGAUUUCACUUGUGCAGAUGAAAGGGACUACUGUAAAUAAGCUAUAUUAUUUUCAGCAUAUAAACUAAAAGAGGGCAGAGAGCACUGUGCUAGGUAUUAGAGAUAACAAAUUUAAAUAAGAUAUAGCCCCUGCCUAAAUGGAGUGUAAACUAAUGGUAAAAUUAAUAGUAAAACUAAUAAAAUGAAUGCAACCUUU